UGAUAAUUGCUAUGACAAUUAAAAUCUCACAACAUGAAACUGCUAAAGGAUGGGGAAUAAUAACCAAAAACUCCCACUAAGGAAAGCUCAAUCAGUUCCAGGAUCUCAGACAAAUAUAGCUUGACCCCUGAUAUGUAUGCUCAGGCAGCAUUUGGCAGUAACAGUGUGCAACUCUUACAUUGGUUUUCCCUGUUCAGCAAAUUAAAAAAGUUUUUACAAGCAACUAACCCAGAUUUUGUCAGAGGAAACAAGACGCGAGCCUCAGAGCGCCUGGUCAGGGGUAAAUCUCAAGAUGAGUUGGAUAAAGGAUCUGAAGGUGCCCAGUGGUCAGUGCCUUUGGUGGAAGCCCUUUUCCUGCCAGACUUUCCAGUCAGGGGCAGUCUGGAGGAGCAAGAGUUUGAGGUUAUGGACGUCAUAGCGAAGGGAGCAUAUGGCAAUGUGUUACGAGUCAGAAGGGAGGAUGAAAAACAAGUUUAUGCAAUGAAGGUGAUGGGUAAAACUCAGAUCAUUGUAGAGGGUGCCAUACAGCAGUGUAAAGAUGAGGCAGCUAUACAGGCAAUGCUUGGUGACCAUCCUUUCAUUGUGAAGUUACAUGAGUAUUGGCAAUCAAAAAAGUUUUUGUACAUAGUUUUAGAUUAUAUUCCUUACGGUGACAUUUUUACCUUAUGGACAUUUCAUGGUUUUUUUCCGGAGCAACUAGUGAAAGUAUUUGUAGCUGAGAUGGCCAUGGUUUUGGAUUAUCUACACAAAUCUGGUGUUAUAUACAGAGAUAUUAAGAUGGAAAAUAUACUGUUAGAUGUUAAAGGACACAUACAGUUAACAGACUUUGGUCUCUCCAAAUGGCUCGGUACCAGGGAGAGGACACGGACAGUCUGUGGGACGUUGCAAUAUAUGGCUCCUGAGGUGCUGUCUGCCCAAGCCUAUGGCCACACAGCUGAUUGGUGGUCUCUUGGAAUUCUCAUGUUUGUUAUGUUGGCGGGCAAGUACCCAGCAGAGGGCGCCUCUGAUCACAAAGAAAUGGCUACAAAGGUGUUUGACUGUGAUUACUUAUUGCCAAACUUUGUCAGUGACCGUGCUCAGGAAGUUAUUGAUAAGCUUUUAAUGAAAAGACCGGAGAGACGUCUGUCGGAUCUCUUUACACUACAAAACAUGCCAUUUUACAGAAUUUUUGACUUCACAAAUGUUAUAGAAAGAAAAAUCAGUCCUAAGACUGUAGUUCCCGAGGAGUUUUUUCCCAUGACAGGUGUGAGCUUUAGCUACUCGCCAAACACAAAUCCUCCAGAAGAAGAUGAAUUUGCAGAGUUUGAUUUUGUCUGGAACCUUCCUCCUGAUGCUGAACCAGUGUUUGUAUGAUAGACUGUGACAUUAGAUACUUUCACAAGGUCAGACCUGUGUGAUAUAGGUCAAGGUCAGGCCUGUGUAAUAUAGGUCAAAGUCAGGCCUUUGUGGUACAAGUCGAGGUCAGACCUGUGUGAUAUGUCAGGUCAAGGAAUAGGUCAGGCCUUUGUGGUACAGGUCGAGGCUAGGUCCAUGUGAUAUAUAUGUCAACAUCAGGCCUGUGUGAUACAGGUCAAAGGCAGGCCUGUGUGAUAUAGGAAAAGUCAGCCCCGUGUGAUAUAGGUCAAGGUCAGACCUCAGUGGUUCAGGUCAAUGUCAGGCCUGGGCAGCACAGGUCAAGCUUAGGCCUGGGCGGCACAAGUCAAGCUCUGGCCUGGGUGGUACAGGUUAAGGUCAGUCCUGGGCGGUAAAUGUCAAAGUCUGUCCUGGGCGGUAAAUGUCAAUGUCAGGCCUGGGUGGUAAAUGUCAAGGUCAGUCCUGGGUGGUAAAUGUCAAGGUCAGGCCUGGGCGAUAAAUGUCAAGGUCAGGCCGGGGUGGUCAUGGUCAAGGUCAGACCUGGGUUGUACAGUCAAGUUAUGUCUCAGUUUUAUAGAGGGUCUUGCUUAUGUAGUACAGGUCAAGGUCUGGCUUUGCACUUUAUAUACCCGGUAUGUAAUACUAGCUCAGAUAUGAAUGCAAUUUGGAUGUGAUGAUCAAACCAAAGAUUGACAGAUACACUAUUUGUAAAUUCUAAAAAGUUCUACUGUACAUAAAACUUUUUCAGAAUUUUUUUUUUUUUUUUUUUAAGGGAUUAGUCUUACAUGAAUUGUGAAAUGAUACUAAAUUAUUGGAUAAAAUAAGCCAUUCUGUUGUUACAGGUGUUAUAUGAUAUAUUGUUAAAAGUUUAGUGUUCUUUUUAAAUUUUCAAUCUUAAGAAAACACUUUUUUUUGUAAAGUCUUUACUGAAUUACCUCCAGCAUUUAUCCCCUGAUAGACUGCUGAUUUGAUAUUGUGUCUUUCUAGUCCAGUAGUAAAACAUACCUACCGUGUAGUGACCCUCUCUGGCCUCAGUGUUACCACUGUAUAUAUAUACUCUGUGGAUGUGUUGGUGUCAGUGCAUGUUGCUGAUGUCAUAUGACAUCCAUGAGACUGUGUGUUUUAAUAAAUCUGGACUCUCAACCUAUAACUUGAUUAUCUGGUACAUAGAAUUCAGUGUAUUACCAGCUGUCUGGUACAUAGAAUUCAGUGUAUUACCAGCUGUCUGGUACAGAGAAUUCAGUGUAUCACCAGCUGUCUGGUACAGGGAAUUCAGUGUAUUACCAGCUGUCUGGUACAGGGAAUUCAGUGUAUUACCCGCUGUUUGGUACAGAUAAUUCAGUGUAUUACCAGCUGUCUGGUACAGGGAAUUCAGUGUAUUACCAGCUGUCUGGUACAGGGAAUUCAGUGUAUUACCAGCUGUCUGGUACAGGGAAUUCAGUGUAUUACCAGCUGUUUGGUACAGAUAAUUCAGUGUAUUACCAGCUGUCUGGUACAGGGAAUUCAGUGUAUUACCAGCUGUCUGGUACAGGGAAUUCAGUGUAUUACCAGCUGUUUGGUACAGAUAAUUCAGUGUAUUACCAGCUGUCUGGUACAGGGAAUUCAGUGUAUUAGCAGCUGUCUGGUACAGAGAAUUCAGUGUAUUACCAGCUGUUUGGUACAGAGAAUUCAAUGUAUUACCAGCUGUCUGGUACAGGGAAUUCAGUGUAUUACCAGCUGUCUGGUACAGGGAAUUCAGUGUAUUACCAGCUGUUUGGUACAGAUAAUUCAGUGUAUUACCAGCUGUCUGGUACAGGGAAUUCAGUGUAUUACCAGCUGUCUGGUACAGGGAAUUCAGUGUAUUACCAGCUGUUUGGUACAGAUAAUUCAGUGUAUUACCAGCUGUCUGGUACAGGGAAUUCAGUGUAUUAGCAGCUGUCUGGUACAGAGAAUUCAGUGUAUUACCAGCUGUUUGGUACAGAGAAUUCAAUGUAUUACCAGCUGUCUGGUACAGGGAAUUCAGUGUAUUACCAGCUGUCUGGUACAGGGAAUUCAGUGUAUUACCAGCUGUCUGGUACAGAGAAUUCAGUGUAUUACCAGCUGUCUGGUACAGAGAAUUCAGUGUAUUACCAGCUGUUUGGUACAGAAAAUUCAGUGUAUUAGCAGCUGUCUGGUACAGGAAAUUCAGUGUAUUACCAGCUGUCUGGUACAGGGAAUUCAGUGUAUUACCAGCUGUCUGGUACAGAGAAUUCAGUGUAUUACCAUCUGUCUGGUACAGAGAAUUCAGUGUAUUACCAGCUGUUUGGUACAGAGAAUUCAGUGUAUUACCAGCUGUCUGGUACAGAGAAUUCAGUGUAUUACCAUCUGUCUGGUACAGAUAAUUCAGUGUAUUACCAGCUGUCUGGUACAGAGAAUUCAGUGUAUUACCAGCUGUCUGGUACAGAGAAUUCAGUGUAUUACCAGCUAUCUGGUACAGAGAAUUCAGUGUAUUACCAGCUGUCUGGUACAGAGAAUUCAGUGUAUUACCAGCUUUCUGGUACAGGGAAUUCAGUGUAUUACCAGCUGUCUGGUACAGAGAAUUCAGUGUAUUACCAGCUUUCUGGUACAGGGAAUUCAGUGUAUUACCAGCUGUCUGGUACAGAGAAUUCAGUGUAUUACCAGCUGUCUGGUACAGGGAAUUCAGUGUAUUACCAGCUGUCUGGUACAGGGAAUUCAGUGUAAUAACCAGCUGAACCGUUUUUGCUUCCUCCAACAUGUAUUUUUACUGCUCACAUUUUCAGUGUUAAAACUCACAUUAACUGCACCAAUGUGAAACCUACCCAGUGUACUAUCAGAAGGCAAAAAGAUAAAAAUGUGCCAAAUUAGGACCAUGCCUUCACUUCAUGACCUGGACCCUGAUUCAUAUCAGGACUAAAUUGUAGGCUCAAUUUGAAAAUUUAUGCUCAGGAAUGAUUUUGUUUAACUCUGGUACUCGUCAACAAGUGAUAUGGUCACAAUGCCUGGUUUCUUGGUACAAGUACUGUCCACACAACUAAUUUGAAUACCUAUCAUGCAUAAUUUCACUAAAAUGUCUCUGGAUAAUCUUCAGACGAUAUUAAGUUAUUAAGAGAGAACAAACGGAGUGAGAUUUACGUGUGAUUUAUAUAAGAGUUAUACAAAUCAAGUAUUCAGAGUGCAUGUUGUAUAAUUGUCAUGUAAUAUAUACUACUUGUUCUUUAUUGUAAAACAUUUUAGAAUUCCAUUGUUAAACAAUCAAUAUGUUGUAUUGUACUGCUAUCUAUCAUAUUGUUGGUCAAUGAACAUUUUUAUUAGGAUAUACAUUGUACAUGUAGAUGGAAAUCUUUAAAUUUUCUUUUUCCAAAUCCAAUAUUUCUCCAAUUGUUUUUUUAACUAAAUAAUUGAUUAAUUCUUAUUCUCUAAUCUCAAAUUGUAUGUUUUGUGGCGACUUUGUCAGAAGUGGUGACAGUGAAAGAUCUGAAAUACUUUUUAAAUACUUUAAAUUGAUUAAUUAAAAAAUUGUAUAAUCUUGUAAGAGACUACAUGAUAUGCCCUUUUACAACUAUUAAAUACCAUUUAUCUUCACCUAAUGCAUUACUUCACUAGCUUUUCUCCUUUAUUUCCUAAAGCCCAUAGUAGAUGUCUAUUAGUUGAGGCAACAUAAAAUUUUCUUAUUUUCUAUUUUUGACUUUUAAUUAAUCUCCAUUAAAAAUGUUGUCUACUGCAGUCAUCAGACAUGUGAUAAAAGAAAUCAGUGUCUGUGUCUUGAGCAGCACCAUUAUAAUAUAUAUAGGUCACUGUGACCUAUAUUUCAGUAUCAAGGUAAAUUUUGGAGGUACCAAAAUAAUAAGGACUUAUUCUACCUUAAUUCACUUAAAUUGGAUCUGAACCAAAACAAUAUUGACAUUGAAUAGAAAGUACCAUUCUGAUUGUUCAAAAAUAAGUUUGAUCAUUUCUAAUAUCUCACUAGUAAAAAUGUUAUUAAUGGAUAACCAUCUCGGCUAUAAAAUAUAGGUUAAAAGAAUCUUUCUAUUUCUGAAUAUGCAAAAUCCACUAGAAGAAAGUUGUCAACUAGAGUUAAUUAUUAUCCAGAAAAGUUAUUUGUUUCAGACAAUGUGACGGUGUUCAGUUUCUUUACCCUUGUAUGUUUGCACAUACAAGCCAUACAAUGGAUGCAUGAAUGAUGGUACCUCACCUUCAAUGUGAAAAUAGAAUGUGUAAAUUAAGGACUACAUUAAAUGUGUCUCCAAUUUCUAACAUAUACACUGUAGUUUAGUUGUGUCUGAAAUCAGUCUUUCUCAGCAUGUUUCAUUCUUUUGUAAAGGUAGAGAUUAUAAAGUUGCUAAUAUAAUCACUAGCUGAGAAAAUUUCCCUUCAGCCUAGCAGUAGCAUGUCCACUUGGAUAGCGAGAGGUCACUAGAUCAUGGUCCAGUACAGGUAGGAUAUUUUCCAUGACUUAUCCCUAUAAUGUUUUUUUGUCUUCCACUAUACCUCAAGAUCUAAAGCAACUGUUCCAAAUGUGUGAAUUCUUUUUAGGAAAGGAGAUAUCUUAUACAGAUUACAAAAUCCUUUAUUGUAAUGAAGGGAGGGUAUUCUGUACUGAUUAACAGGACUGAAAAUUGAAAUAAAUAGUAAGUGCCAUAUAACACACUAAAAUGUGUGUAGUUGUACUAUAACUUUGUAUCAUAAUUAAAUGUUCUGAACUAAAUGUAAAUCCAUUUCAAUGUGUUCAGUAUUUUCUUGCUAUAACUUUAUAACCAAUUUCACUAAGAUUUCACAAAUGUUUCUUUGCAUAUUUUUAGAGAAACUGUUUAUUUAGAUUGCAGUCAAGGUAUUAUGUUAAAGUGUAUGUGUAUAAUUCUAACCACUUCCUCAUUUAAAAUUAAGAAUUUAAUUUCAUUUCAUUGAAUUUGAAGAAUUUUUUCUUUGCACUCUAUGGCUGUAUGUUCUAUAUGUAAAUGAAUGUACAAUAUACUUGAAUUUGUGAUUGAGAAAUUUUAAUGUUAACUUAAGCAAUCUCUGUAAAUCUUCUUUAUUAAAGAUUAAAUUAAGUAAACGGGUUAUAUGUGUCAACACAAACCUUGACCUUUAAAACCAAGUGAUUACUGCUACAUUGUGUAGAAACCUUUGUCUGAAGGAAGGACAUUGUGAUGUCAAUUACAUGUGGCGGAGAAAUAUCAUUAAGAUAUGUUAAGUGCAAAUAUCACUUUAAAUUUAUAAAAUUAAAACAAUUAAAAACAACAUAAACAAAGUGUGAUUAGUACCAUUCUUAUUCAUUUCAGGGAAAAUCGUAGCGACUAAAACGAUAUGUAUACAUCCACUAUGGGCAAAAUUUGUGUCCUGUACUCUGAAUGUGGUUUUGGUGUCGUUUUUGGGAAAACAAUAUAAUCAGGGAAACUGGAUAAGAUACAUGCAUUAUAAGUGUAGAACACAGAACAUAUAACUGGAAAAACAUCCAUUAUUUACAGAUACAAAAAUAUACAAUAUUGUAAGUUAGAUAUUAAGUUUUAUAUAAAAAAAUAUACAAUAUUAUAAGUUAGAUAAGUUUGAAAUAUGGUAUAAAAAUAUUAUAAUAUUGAAGGUUAGAUAAGUUUGAGAUAAAAAAAAUAUUAAUAUUGUAAGUUAGAGAUGUAGACAGCUAAUGUAAAGUGUAUAUGUAUUCUGUAACUAAGGUAGCAUUAUACCAUACAAAGAAACAGAAUGGACCUAUAUAACUAAGGCAGCUUAUAUUCUACAGUAACUAUAAAUAGAAUCAGUGUUUGAUAAUCAUGAUGAUCUUCAUUUUUCUAGAAAAUUUAUUUUUUGUUUGUGAUUGAUUUUCCCAAGAAUGAUGUUGCCAACAAUUUCUAUUAAUAGGAAAUACAGAAUUUUAUUUUUUUGUAAUUUCUAGAAGAACUAAAAUGUCUAGUAUAUCUAUUGUACCAAUGAUCAUUUACUUAAGAACACUGGACCAAUACACAUAUACUAGUCGGACCAUUAGAUAUAUUCUCAUAUAUACAAGUUUUGUAUCAUUAUGAUAAACGUAGAUAUAUAUAUUUUACCAAUCUGUACCACUAAGAAAUCAUUAAAUAUAUCGGUCUAAACAGUGGACAGAUGCAUGUGCUCAUACAAAAAAAAUCUGAACAAUUAAAUAUAUCUAGGUAUCCCAUGGCCAGCUCUGACUGUUCUUAGAUGUAACCUUGACAAUGCAGUACAGACAACAAGUCUGUCUAUAUACCACACUGAAUAUUUCUUGUCUAUUCAUUUUCUUGAUGUAUAGUCAUUUUUAAUGGUGUGUGGAAAAUUGAUACAGAUGAAUAAAAAGUCAAACAAAAAAUCAUGUAAAUCUAUGUCAGUUUUAUAAUACCCUACAGUAAGUCUCGUGAAUUUGCCAGAAACCUCUGUCUGUGGUAAAUUUUACCAUAUCUACUGUAAUGGAGUAAAAGCAGCUACUUAAUUGUUACACAUUGUUAUUGACAUAUCUUCAGCUAGGAAAUGAUUUAACAGGUGUGAAAUCUGUGUCAGGAAUACCUGUAAAUGUUUUAUAAAGUCUGAUCUCCAAUAGAAUCCUGACAUGCUGUAUACAUGAUUAUGACAUGGAUGAUGUUAUCUGAAUAUGUGUAUGCAAAAGCUUUAGAUGUCUGUUCAAUGUUGUACAAAUUAUUAAUGCAUUUUGAUUUAUUUUUAAUAUUCAUUUUUUAUUGAUUGAUGCAAUAAUGUGAUGAUGAAUGCUAUGUUAAAUUAUUGGGUGUGAUGGUCAAUGAGUUCUGACCUAACGUUAUAUGUUUGGUUGAUUUUGUUAAUGUUGCCUUGUCUCGCAUCUGUUACACAAUGAUAUUUAAGGGUAUAUGCUACCUUACAAUAAUAUUCACCUCCUAAACUAAAGACAUCCAGUGUAGCACAUCAUUGCGAAGUUUUUAGUCCACUAUCAUCAGUUUUAUAUCACUCUGCUUCUGUGGUCCGUGGUCUGUCCCUCCGUAAACCAUUCUUGUUAUCGCUAUUUCUCAGAAAGUACUAAAGGGAUCUUACUUAUGUUUAAUAUGUAAGUUCCCCUUGGUCCUUAGUUAUGCAUAUUGCAUUUUGGACCAAUCGGAAUCGGUUCCAAAAUCCCUCUGGGAUCAUCUCUUGUUAAUGUAUGAUUUAGUAGUUACAAGUUAGGUGUAUUUGAGUGAUACAAUUGAGUCUGUGUUUAAUUCUCAGUAAAAUAGGGAGUCAUAUCAUGUAUUAUAAUAUCAUAAAGGGGGAUAACUCACAGCACAAACAUUGUUGUAAGGUAGCAUACUACCUUAAUGCUUAUAUCUAUCCAUAUGUUUACUAACCAACAUGCAGUUCUGAAAGAGUAAUUUAUAACAUUUUGAUAUUUACCAGAUCAGAACUAUUAGUGUUUAAAUUCUAUUGUUUAUUUUCAGCAGAAGGAAAUAUGUGAUUAAGUGCAUGUGCAAGUACAUGACUUAGAUUUAUUUGAAACAGAAGGUUCAAAUAUAACAGUGGUCAAAUUCAGUAAAACAGUUCUAAUCUAUUUCAGAGUGUUCAUCUUAUAAACACUAUUAGAGAUGGAAGAGUGAUAAAACUAUUUAAUUAAUUAUAAAUUAGAUUUUAAAAACUUUCCAAACGAAUGAUGUGGGCACAUUAAAGAAAUAUUCUUUAUUAGUUUUAUUCAUAAUAUUCUUUUGUCCAUGGUACCGGAAUGAAUAAUAAAGAAAAAGGAAAUAAAA